UCCCUGUGCCCAUGGGGCCUUCUCAGCCUGUCCGUGCCCCUCGGCCCCGGGGCCUAAGUUCCCCCUACCGCAGGCCAGGGCUGGGCUGGCCUCGGCCUCGAAAUCCCAGGAUGUUCAAGUGUAGCCGCAGAAGGUACCGGCAGAAACCCCAAGGCCCAGCUGCCACCACUGCAGCCACCAAUCCUGCCACCGUGGCCACAGAUAUCAACAACACUCCUACCACCACCACCAGUGUGUGGAUCCUUCCGCCACAAACUCUUCCACCAAAGCCACCUAAGCCAAUGACUUCAGCCGUUACAAAUGGAAUGAAGGACAGUUCUGUUUCUCUUCAGGAUGCAGAAUGGUACUGGGGGGAUAUUUCAAGGGAGGAGGUAAAUGACAAAUUACGGGAUAUGCCAGAUGGUACGUUCUUGGUCAGAGAUGCCUCAACAAAAAUGCAGGGGGAUUACACUUUGACUUUGCGGAAGGGAGGCAAUAAUAAGUUAAUAAAGAUCUAUCAUCGAGAUGGUAAAUACGGCUUUUCUGAUCCUCUGACAUUUAAUUCUGUGGUGGAGCUCAUUAACCACUAUCAUCAUGAAUCUCUUGCUCAGUACAAUCCCAAACUUGAUGUGAAGCUAAUGUACCCAGUGUCCAGAUACCAACAGGAUCAGUUGGUAAAAGAAGACAACAUUGAUGCAGUUGGUAAAAAACUGCAAGAGUACCACUCUCAGUAUCAGGAAAAGAGUAAAGAGUAUGACAGGCUAUAUGAGGAAUAUACCAGAACGUCCCAGGAAAUACAGAUGAAGAGGACUGCAAUUGAAGCUUUUAAUGAAACAAUUAAAAUAUUUGAAGAGCAGUGUCACACACAAGAACAACAUAGCAAAGAAUAUAUUGAGCGGUUUCGCAGAGAGGGGAAUGAAAAGGAAAUUGAACGAAUUAUGAUGAAUUAUGACAAAUUGAAAUCACGUCUGGGUGAGAUUCAUGAUAGCAAAAUGCGUCUAGAGCAGGAUUUGAAGAAACAAGCUUUGGACAACCGGGAAAUAGAUAAAAAAAUGAACAGUAUCAAACCUGACCUGAUCCAGCUGCGCAAGAUCCGAGAUCAGCACCUUGUAUGGCUCAAUCACAAAGGAGUGAGACAGAAGCGCCUAAAUGCCUGGCUGGGAAUCAAGAAUGAGGAUGCUGAUGAGACCUAUUUUAUCAAUGAGGAAGAUGAAAACCUGCCCCAUUAUGAUGAGAAAACCUGGUUUGUUGAGGAUAUCAAUCGAGUACAAGCAGAGGACUUGCUUUAUGGGAAACCUGAUGGUGCAUUUUUAAUUCGUGAGAGUAGCAAGAAAGGAUGUUAUGCUUGCUCUGUGGUUGCCGACGGGGAAGUGAAGCACUGUGUGAUCUACAGCACUGCUCGGGGCUAUGGCUUUGCAGAGCCCUACAACCUGUACAGCUCCCUGAAGGAGCUAGUGCUCCAUUACCAGCAGACCUCCCUCGUUCAGCACAACGACUCCCUCAACGUCAGGCUUGCCUACCCUGUCCACGCACAGAUGCCCUCACUCUGCAGAUAAAGAGGGAGUGGGAAGAGAGAUGGUAAAUCUUGGCCAGGGCUCAGGACUGCAUAGGCUAACUGUGUCCUUACCACUGAUUUGGCCAAGGUUGAGGACUUCCUGUUACCUCCCCUACUCCAUCUCCAAGCCUUGAUGGGACCUCCCACUUACUUUGGACCUCAUGUGCUCUAAAGAAGCAUUGAUAGCCAAUGUGGUGUCUUCCAUAGGUCUCCUCUUCUUGCUGCAAGGAACCAGCCUCAUGGGUCCUCUUGGCCAAGAAUUGCAUCUGGACAAUUCCUGGUUACAAGGUGGUCUCUGUUGCCAGUUAAGACUCCAGAGUAGGCCUCUGUGAGGCUUCUGUGGCCUCAAAGCAGAGGGUGCAGAUGGGGGCCUGGCUGGGCUCUCUGCUGUCAGCUGCUCAUCCUUGCUCUCGCUCUAGCCACUUGUGACAACCUUGUUUCCUUACAAAUUCCAGCAUGACUUUGGUGCCCUGUUGUUACUUGUGAAAAACCUAUUCUUCUGUUGUCUUUGAUGUAGUUAAAAAAAAA